UUUGUGCGUAGGCAACAAGCAUAUUUUUAUUAUAUUUAUUUCCUAAAACCGCAAAUUUGGGAAUUUAUAAUAAUUUAAAAAAUGCCAAAAGUGCGUCGCAGUCGUAAGCCCCCGCCAGAUGGCUGGGAGCUAAUUGAACCGACGCUGGAAGAACUGGAGCAGAAAAUGCGCGAAGCCGAAACCGAACCGCACGAAGGCAAGCGAAUUACGGAAUCAUUGUGGCCCAUCUUUAAGAUACAUCACCAGAAGACGCGCUAUAUCUACGAUCUGUACUAUCGUCGCAAGGCCAUCAGUCGGGAGCUGUACGACUAUUGCCUGAAGGAAAAGAUCGCCGAUGGUAAUUUGAUAGCCAAGUGGAAAAAGUCUGGCUAUGAGAAUCUUUGCUGCCUGCGUUGUAUACAAACGCGUGACACGAAUUUUGGCACAAAUUGCAUCUGUCGCGUGCCCAAAUCCAAGCUGGAGGAGGGACGCAUUGUGGAAUGCGUGCACUGCGGCUGUCGUGGAUGUUCCGGCUAAGACGACAACGAUAUCGAAUAGCUUGUAAAUACAGUUUUAAGGCUCAGAUGAGGGAUGUAUAGAUUGUCGAAGAACUGAACACAACAGGAGAGCAGAAGCGGACGCCCAGGCUGCAAAAGCUGAAGUCAUUAACUGGCGCUGCACUUGCUGCCUUUUCAAGACUUUUACGACAACAUCCAAAUCAAAUAUAUACAAAUAAAGACAACAAAAAACA